AUGGCAGAUCAAACUAAAUUGGCACCGAAUGUUCUAAACAAUCAAUUGGAGACUCAGAAUUUGGAGAAGCAAGUUGGGCACCCAAACCCGAAGCAGGUAAAUAUUGUGAGUACUUGGAGUGGUCGUCCAUUGGAAGAGUUGCCGCUAAAGGCAAAAGUUGCUGAAGAAAAAGGAACACAAGUAGAUGAAGCAGAACCAAGUGAACAAAGGGUGGAUGAGGAACCAAAAGCAAAACCACCUCCUCUAUUUCCACAGAAAUUCAAAAAACAAAAGGAGGAGGAAUGUUUUGGUAAGUUUAUUGAAUUACUCAAACAGGUACAUGUUAACUUGCCUUUGAUAGAUGUGUUGCAGGGCAUUCCUAAGUAUGCCAAAUAUGUGAAAGAUGUGGUAGCCAAUAAGAGUAGAUUGGUUGAGUACGCAACAGUAGCACUUACGGAGGAGUGCAGUUCUAGGAUCCAGAAUAGGCUCCCAAUUAAGUUGAAAGAUCCAGGGAGUUUCACUGUUCAGAUAAAAAUUGGUCAGUGUGUUGAGGCAAGAGGGUUGUGCGAUUUGGGUGCAAGUAUCAAUUUGAGGCCUACGUCCAUGUUUCUCAAAUUGGGACAAGGAAGGCCCAAGUCCACAACCAUUAUGUUGCAGUUAGCGGAUCGUUCGGUGGCAAGGCCAGAUGGUGUUAUUGAAGAUGUCUUGGUUCAAAAGGGAACUCUGAUUUUCCCCGUGGACUUUGUCAUUAUGGAUUUUGAGCCUAACCUAGAGGUCCCAUUUAUUUUGGGACGCCCAUUCCUAGCAACCGGAGGUGCAUUAAUUGAUGUGGUGGCCGGUAGACUAACAAUGAGGGCUCACGACAAGGUCGAGGUAUUUGAUGUUUACAAGGCAAUGAAGUUGCCUGCAAUAUAUGAGGAGAUGUCUGCAAUUACAGUCAUUGAUGAGGCAAUGGUAGCUAAAUAUGUUGAAGCCCAAGAUCCUUUAGAGAAAGUUCUAAUUGGGCAAGACAUUGAGGGAGAUGUUGAAGCCCAGGAGUUGGCUAACGUCCUAAAUAUCCCAAAUGUGAGUAUUCUUCGCAAUUUUGUGGAGCCAUUAAAUAGAGUCCUGUCACCACAUCCUAAGCCUUCGAUCGAGGAAGCACCAAAGUUGGAGUUAAAGGCUCUCCCUUCUCAUCUCAAGUAUGCAUUCUUAGGUGCUAAUGAAUAUUUACAUGUAAUCCUUUCUUCUGCUUUGUCCGAAUUGCAGGUUGAGGCGUCUCUGAAAAUAUUGAGGAAGAGGAAAAGGGUGAUAGGCUGGCAGAUGGCUGACAUAAAUGGCAUCAACCCAACUUUAUGUAUGCACAUGAUAUUCAUGAAGGAGGGGCACAAGUCAAUUGUGCAACCACAACGCAAGCUAAACCCAAUGAUGAAAGAUGUGGUGCGCAGGGAGGUGAUCAAAUGGCUAGAUACGGGUAUUAUCUAUCCAAUUUCGGACAUCAAGUGGGUCAGCCUAAUUCAGUGUGUGCCUAAAAAGGGAGGCAUGGAGGUGAUCACUAAUGAAAGAAAUGAGUUGAUUCCAACCAGGACAAUUACAAGAUGGCGAAUAUGCAUGGAUUAUAGAAAAUUGAAUGAAGCCACCAGAAAGGAUCACUACCUGGUUCCUUUUAUUGAUCAGAUGCUGGACAGGUGCUUGGAGAAUUUAGACAGGGUGCUAGCUAGAUGCGAGGAAACUAAUCUCAUCCUAAACAGGGAAAAAUGUCAUUUCCUAGUGAAGGAAGGGAUUGUGUUGGGCCAUAAGGUGUCAAAGAGAUUCAUCAAGGAUUUCUCUAUGAUUGCAAGACCCAUGUGCAGUCUCCUAGAGAAGGAGAUGAAAUUUGUAUUUGAUGAACAAUGCAUGCAAGCUUUUAAAGCUUUGAAGAAGAAGUUGACAGAAGCUCCAAUCCUAACUUCCUCAAAAUGGGAGCUUCCUUUUGAGUUGAUGUGUGAUGCAAAUGAUAUGGCUAUGGGAGCAAUGUUUAGAUCUUACAUAGUAGGUACUAAAGUUGUUGUUUAUACUGACCAUGCAGCUAUCGGGUACUUGUUCAACAAGAAUGAUGCAAAGCCGCGGUUAAUCAGGUGGAUUCUAUUGCUACAAGAGUUUGAUAUUGAGAUCAAGGACCGAUGA